CUGGAUCAAACCUGAAUGCCUUUCAUUACCCAGACAUUAAAUGACCCUUACGGGUUUAAUAAUAUAAUAAUUAUGGGAUAAAAUAACUAUCAGAUCGCUCAGCGACCAAAACACAUAUAGUUUCCAUUGAAUGUUUAUCUAGAAACAAUGGUACAAUAGCUAUGAUAAGGUGGGAGGAAACCAAACUGAAGUCAGUGGUUAGUGUUUGAGAUAGUAGUGGUGGUGUGUGUGAUGGAGGGUCGCUCCUCCGUCACAUCAACUGUCUCACUCACUCUCACUCAUCUAAUUCAUGAGGCAGCUGCAUCAUGGCCAAACAAAGUUGUUUAAUUGUUUUGUCAGCAUCAUCUCUGGGUGUCUCAGCUCCAUCAUUUCUUCAGUGUUACAAGUUAACACAGUCUGCAUUUAAUAUAGAAAUAGCAACACCAGAGGCAGCGGCAGCAGUUUUUAUUGAUAAGGAUGACCAAAGCACUCGAUGGUUAAAUGACAUUGCAGCCAAAAAGCUGUUAGAGCCUCAUUCACUUAGUGAUAUACAAGGAAGUCAGUACUCCUGUGUGGUGAUCCCUCAUAGUCCUGGUGCAAGUGAGGACUUAGCAACAUGUGAAGCACUAGGAAACAUUCUCAGUCAGUGCCUGGCAGAGAAAAAGGAUGGAAGCUUGUCCUGUCUACUACUGGUGAUGUCCUUGAUGGUCGUGGUUGUGGAGGUAGAUACUUGGAAUGAUGUAUUGGAAAAGAUGUUGGAAACAUGUUUGGCAAUGGAGUUGGUGGGGAGGACUAUGUAUCUCUUCUCGGCAGUGUCUUCUCUGGGUGUGUUGAAGAUGUUUAAUGCCCGCCGUCUGCAGUCUCUGAUGAAGUGACGAGGAUAGUCAUUUUCACAAUUUGUCCAAUACCCCCUGCCAAGCUACCCAAGAUUUUAGACUCUAUAACCCCACCCGGUAGAUCAUCAGAUGCAGCAUUCUCCACCUGACCUCAACAUUCUGAACCUGACUAUAAAUACUCAUGUACCUUCCACCCCAGGUAGAUCUGUUUG